GUAAGAAGCUAGCAGGACGGAGGUAACAGCUGUGAGCGCGAAACAUUGCUAUCCUCUGAUUCGAUUUAACAAAAGAACUGAAUAUAUACAUCCAGACGCACAUCGUAAUACAUUAAAUACUUUUAAAAGAAUCAAAUGCAACAAGCAGUGGUUUACACAUUGUGAAGUUUCUAAGUAGAAGAAAUCAAUAACCGUGUUAAACGCUGGCAUCCGUUCCCGUUGCGUUAUGCGAAUGUAAAAGGGACAGAGACAGCUUGCUAUAGUCACAUCGCUGAAAGUGCCUAAGCGAUAAAGUAUAAAUAUUGACGUCCCUUUGUCGAUUGACUACAGGAGCUAAUAAAGAUGGGUGGCGGUGGAGAUUUGAAAUGGCAGAAGGAUGCUGGGGACCAAAAUUUUGAUUACAUGUUUAAAUUGCUCAUCAUAGGAAACAGUUCCGUGGGAAAGACCAGUUUUCUGUUUCGGUACGCUGAUGACUCCUUCACUUCAGCUUUCGUGUCCACCGUAGGGAUUGACUUUAAGGUCAAAACGGUCUUCCGUCAUGACAAACGUGUUAAACUUCAGAUAUGGGACACCGCAGGACAAGAACGCUACCGUACCAUCACCACGGCGUACUACAGGGGAGCGAUGGGCUUUAUUCUCAUGUACGAUAUUACUAACGAAGAAAGUUUCAAUAGCGUUCAAGAUUGGGUGACACAGAUAAAGACAUAUUCGUGGGACAACGCGCAAGUUAUCUUGGUGGGAAAUAAAUGCGAUAUGGAAGAAGAAAGGGUUGUCAGUGAAGAUCGUGGUCGGCAGCUAGCUGAGCAGUUGGGCGUCGAGUUCUAUGAAACCAGUGCUAAAGAGAAUAUUAACGUUAAGGCGGUGUUCGAACGACUGGUUGAUAUAAUCUGCGACAAAAUGUCAGAGAGCUUGGACUCGGAGCCGGCCAUGCUAGCAGGUGGCGCUCGCGGACAACGUCUCACAGAACAACCUCAAAGCAACACUAACCCAGCUUGUAAUUGUUAAUAGACUCAUUUUAACCUGAUAUACAUUUACUUGGGUCUACCUUGAAUUUACUGGAAUUGAAUUCUUAAGACCGUCCGUCGAUCUUAACAAUUCUUCUCAAAAUAGUAUUACUUUAUAAACACCUGACUACCAACAACGUUUUAUUGUAUUGAAUAAAGACCCAGUAUGGAAAAUUGGUUUUCAAGGAACUACUUUUUGGUAAUUGUGUUCGUUUAUUAAAAGUAUUAAAAUAGUUCCUCGAAAUGUGCGCCAAGAUCUUUUUUCUUUUUCAUAUAUUUCGCAUUUAUUGAUCUUUAAAUUGUAGAAUAUUUCAUUUGUAGUUUCAAAAUUUCGUAUUCAUUUUAAUCAUAAUUAUUACAUUUAAAUUAUAAAGUAAAUUUAUUAGAAUAUAUUGUUAAAAUUUAUUAACAAUAUGAAAUGUUUAUGUUUUAGUAUUAUUAAUUUAGGUAUUGGGUAGUAUUUAUUGCGAGCUGGAGUAGGGAUCUGACACUACUGUAGUAUAUAAAUCUUUUUUGAAAAGCUUUUAAAAUUUUGCGUCUACUUAAUUUCAAUUUGUAUUUAUUAAAUAAUUUACUUUUUUAAUAUUUUAAGUAUUACAACGAUUUGUAGUAUAAGAUUAUUUUUAAGUUAUGCUAAAUAAUAGUUUGCGCAUUAAGCUGCACGCUUAAUAUUUUCGAAAAUUAUCAAAUAGACUUGUGGAUUUUGGACCAAAAGUCAUUUUUUUCAGCUUGUUUACAAAUACAUUGAAAAUAUUUUCAUCAAAGCGCAAAAUAUUUUUAGACAUGAUUUAAAAACAUUUCAGGUGAUUUUGUGAUAAUUCCAUAUUAAUUUUUAAUAAUUUCCUUGUUUUAUAUAUUUAGAUAUAAUAUGUUAUUUUCACAUAUAAUAGUUUAAGAGCUUAAAAUAAAUGAUUUCACAUAAUUUUUGUGUAUUUGUGAAUGCACAAAACUAUAAAUGAAAAUGUAUUGUUAGAAGUGUAAUCUCCUGGCUAUCUAUGUGAAGAUAAAUUUCGUUGCUUCGUGUUAGAUGUCAAAAUUUAGAAAAUGUUAUAUUAUAAAAAAAAAGUAAUUUAGAAGUUAUGAAUGUAAUAAUAAUCCUCAGUGUGUUUUUAAAAUCCGUAUUAAGAUGAAAAGCUUUAUAACGAUCUUGGCCUGGCGUAUAAACAGACAGAUUUUUUGUCUAUAUACAAAGCUAUCUGAAAUAGUGAUUGUAAAUAUGUUUUAUCAGUGUAUAAAGAAACUGUAUAGUAUUAUAUCUACUUACCAUAACGUCGGUUUGUAUUCUUGUUACCUACUAUGCUAUGUAAUUUAAUGUAACGAUAGCGAUUUGUUCGAUCGCUAUCGUUUGAUCAUGAAACAUAAAUCUAUCAUUAAUUACUUAACUGCUAAAUCAUUAAAUCAUUAUAAAACUUAUAUAAACGUAUUAUCUAGAAUUCAAUGUGUAUCUAUCAUGUUGAUGUAUCGUUAGACUUAUUGUGUAGAAGACAUAGACAAUACAAUUUAUAUAUCAAGUUAUGUUGAUACUGAGCACAUUAUUUUUAGACUAAGUAUCAUAUUAGUUGUUUAAAUUUUGUCUAUGAUCUGUGGACUAUAUACGUACUAUUAUUCAAGGUGUCUUGGAUCGUACAGAUUUGUUUAUUUUAAAUGUAUUUUAAAAUUAAAAAAAAGUAACUAUUUAUGAAAAUAAAAAUUAAUAUACCACAGAUAAAAAUGAUACAAAUUUAAAUUUUUCUUGAAAACAAAUUAUAUGAUAUAAAAUUAACUUACAACAUAUUUGUUGCUGUUUUUAAUCUGUUAAAAAUAUUAACAUUGACACGUUUAAAAUUUGUCUCUAUAUUUUGCAAUCAGAUGUUAGCCUGUAUUUUAAACUAUACAUGUCAAUUGGGCGUUUAUUACCUUUUACACAUUUCAAAAUAACAUACCUACUAAAAUAUAUUUGUGGAAAGAAGUAAAUUGUAAGGAAAUGAUAUUGGAUAGUGUUGAAAGUAGUAUAUUUAACGUGUGAAGUCUUAGCAGGGCAUGAAAUGGCAUAUCGUAGUGAACGGCUUUAGUAAUUACUUUUAUUUAUUGGAAUAAGUUUUUUGUGAGACAAAACAGACCGAAUAUUGUUUGAUAAAGACAAAAGUAACAAAGAAAUUAAUAAGAUUAUUGAAAGAAUAAAUCUUUAAAUUUUAACUGUGUAAUUUGAAACGUGACUUAAAAUAAUAUAUAAAAAAAUGUUUACUAAAACUAUUAAAGAAAUAUUUUAUCAUCUUAAAACUAAUAUAGUUUUCUUUUCUGAAAUAGUAUAUUUUUAAAUAAUAUAAACUGUUUUGUCUCUGUUAUUCACUGUAUUUUAAAUUAGAUGUUUAAAAUAAUCUGUUAAAAAGUCCUAAAUGUGAACCGGCUAUUCAAUUUAUUUAAUAAUUCGUUAACAUUGUUUAAAUGCUUUGUCUUACUGGAUGCAAAAAUAUUAAUCGUUUAGGUGUAUCAAUAAAUGUAUGUUAUUAUAUUUGUUGUGCGUUAAUAAAGGAAUUAUUUAAAAUAUAAACGGUGUAAGAGAUUU